AUGAGGAGCUCAUUGGCUUUCUUGGCUCUCGUGGCCUCUACCUUUGCUGCUCCCCAGGCCGUCACAGAAGAUAUCAGGCCCAAGAGCGGCCCGCCUAAGGGAUGCAGCGAAUCCUACGACGGCACCUUUGAAGUCACGAUCUACAAGAGUGGAAAGUCAAAGCGCGGCGUUCAACCACGAGAGUGCAAUGGAGAAGGCGUGCUGGUCAUGACCCUCAAGGAUGGCGUCCUUAAGGAUGCCCAAGGCCGAACAGGGUACAUCUCCGACAGCUAUCAAUUCCAGUUCGACGAGCCUCCUCAAUCUGGCUCCAUCUUCACUGCUGGUUUUUCUGUCUGCUCCAACGGAACUCUUGCUCUUGGACCUUCGGCUGUCUUCUGGCAAUGCCAGUCGGGCGAUUUCUACAACCUCUAUGACCGUCACUGGGCUGAGCAGUGCUCGCCCGUCGAGUUUGGUAUCAUGCCUUGUGGCGAGGGUUCCAAGGAUGCUCCCAAGAAGAGAGUUGUUGGAAGCAGCAUUGUCGCUACGACUGUCGUGACGGUUGUUUCGGAUGGAACGACUAAGGAGGUUCCCACGACUAUUGCUGUUCCCAUGUGCCAGAUUGGCGAUGGCCAGGUUCAAGUGCGCACAACGCCUUGCGAUGAUAUGAACUUGCCCAUCAUCACCGCUCCCCCAGUCAGCCAGGUCUCAGAUGGCAAGCUUCAGAUUCCUACAGAUGCCCCGCCUGCUCCUCCAGCUGCCCCUGCCGCCCCCGCUGGAGGUGAGCCGGCUGAGCCAGAGAACAGCGCCAAGGGUGGUGAGCCAUCUGGUGACGAUGCCUCUGGAGACUCACCCCCCGCUCCCGCUGGUGAUAAGCCUGCCGGCGGGGAAUCUGGCAACGAGUCUUCUGAUGAACCUGCUGGCGAGCCCGCUGAUGAUGCCGACUCGGGCGAGGAACCUGGCGAACCCGCCGCGCCUGCUGCCCGACCCGCUGGCGUGUCUCCUGGUGACGAUGAUGCGGGUGCUGGCCCAACAGCCACAGGUGGUGAGGCCCCUGCCAACACUGGAGGCUCUGCCGGAGAUAAGCCUGCUGGUGGUGCGACUGCUGGAAGCAAGCCCACCGGAAAGUCAUCACCUACUGGUGCCGACGAUUCCGAGGUGCUGGUCACCGACUCUGCCCCCGCUCCCACAGGAACCGAGGACGCCGAGGACUCUGAGGAUACUGAAGAGGCCAGCGUUACUGGCAAGCCUACACGAGCUGUCAAGCCCUUCCGUCCUCAAAGCACCGACAGCGAUGAUUCUGAGGAGACGGAUAGUAGCUCAGAUGCCGCUUCAGGCGACGAUGCUUCUGAUCAGGCCGCGACGCCAGAAUCCAGUGCGGUGAAGGCGAUGCCGGCUGGUGUUGCCCUGAUGAUGUGUGUGAUUGGAAGUCUCAUGAUGCUGUAA